UACAUUUAGCCAAAGGCCAACUUUCGUGGAGUGCAGCUUCUUUCGAUCACCCCCAUAUGCGCCCAUGCUUCAGUUUGUUGAUCAUAGUGCCAUCGAUCAGAAAGCUAGGAAGGCGAUUCGAAGCCACUGUAUGAAAGGAAAGAACGCAGGGAAGACCAUUACGAGACGCAGCCGUGCAACGUCUAUUCGCAAGGGCAAGCAGAAGGCGCCUGGCAAAGCUGCUGCUAUUUCGGAACGGCUUGAAGUAUGUAGCGCCCUCCGAAACAUCCAGCGCUUCAUCGACCACGAGUUCUCGACCCUGCCCUUCUCGGCCGAGCUGUCGCCGGAUACGAGAAAUGUGAUCCGUCAAUUUUUCCUUGUUGUCAGCGAUGCCGUCUAUCCUCACGAGUACUGCAAUUCCUUCGAUUACGAGCAUAGCAUGUGGGUGCAAUGGAUGACUGGGGAUGAAGCUUACUUCCACCUUAUGCUCUGUCUCAUAUCCGCGUGCAACGAUUUCUAUCUACUCCAGCCGAAAUCCUCCGCGCUCGCUUUAACGCAUCUCACGCAGACCUUUCAACUACUAGCCCGAAGGCUUUCGGGUGAUGAAGCACUGUCUGAACUGACAUUUGCUCUCGUUAUUGGCCUCGUCAUUUAUGCGCAGUUGCGUGGCGACAUGUCAAGCUGGCGGAUCCACAUGCGCGGGCUCUCACGGCUUGUUGACAUGAAGGGCGGCAUCGCGCAGCUUAGCGAUCCUAUUCUCCUCCAGAAGACAUGCCGCGCCGAUAUUGAUUUUGCGCUUUCUGCAGGGUGCGUCCCGCAAUGGAGACUGGAGGAAAUACGCUUCACUGCACGAUAUCCACAAAACUACACUGCGCCGCAUCUCCCGGUAGCCUUCCAAAAUCUUCAGCAUACACUCCGCAGUAUAGCGAACGACGUAUUCAGCCUCGCAGACGUACUCGAUCGCUCCUCUCCACAGAAUAAGAUGGGUCCAGUUGCAUUCCAAGAGACGCUGUUAGCACUGUGCUAUCGCCUUCUCCAACCCGGUCCAUUCUCUAGUCCUUAUCACGGAUCCACGUUGGACUACGGGUGCCAAAUGGGCAUGAUAGCCUUCUUGACCACACUGAUGUUUCAAUUCGGUCGGCGCAGACUGCUACAUCACGAAGCCUUAUCGAGUCGUUUUCGAAGCUUCGUUCAGGGUUAUCACCAGGAUAUAUCAAAUCAGGAAGGGCUACUACUAUGGCUCCUGUUUAUCGGCCGCCUCUCUAUUCUUAGUACGUCUGAUGACAAGUGGUUGAUCCCAAGAAUUGCACAGGAGGUGGGGAAUGCUGGCAUAGUGGAGUGGGCUGGACUUCGAGAAGCUCUCGCCCGAUUCCCUUGGAUUGCUAGCCUCCACAGUGCACCUGCGGAACAACUUUGGAUUCAAGCGACCAAACGCAUUUGAAGCAUUAGCUCAGUGGGAACUCAGCAUUGGAGCGGCCUAUGGACGUUCAUAUUCAAAUUCAGGGUUCCAAAGCCCGCUUUACGCAUCCGGGCUGCACCUCUUCCAACCUCCUAACAAUAUCCGCCCACACCCGCUCCUGCAUUUUGUGCCCUUCCGCGUUCGACGUCCAGUCUGGAAUCUCGUCCUCCUUAAUAUCGCAAUCAUUCAGAUACUUUCCGUGGGUCUCCACUCCAGCACUAACUGCGUGCAAGAGCGUGCGACUUCCCAUCUCCGCCGUCCUACCAACGAGACAGUUCGCGAGACCGAUCUGCAUACGACUCGAAAAUUUGGCGUGCCGCGCGAGGCCUGUUUUGCAGAGGCCGGGGCUCAGCCAGUUGAUUAUGAUAUUGGUUUCGGAGACUGGUAG